UCCACACAAACACACAGGUGCCAGUUUCACUAGAGCGGGAUAGCGAAAAUCGAGAAGAGCGUAAAUGGAGGCUCUUCUUGUGGCUAGGGUGGCCGUAGAGUGCCCUCUGUGCGGUGAGGUGUUCAAAUACCCAGUGACCCUCCAGUGCGGACACAGCUGCUGUAAGGUGUGCCUGCAGGACUUCUGGGAGCGAAAGGGCGCGCGCGAGUGCCCCAUCUGUCGCCGGCUGGAGAUCACGCAUCGGCCGCCUAUCAACCUGGCGCUGAAGAUCGCCGCGGACAGGUUCCAGGUGGAGCAGAGUGCCGCUGCCACUUUGAAACUGGAGGAGGUCUGCGCCACGCACAACGAGAGAUACAAGCUUUUCUGCCAGAGAGAUGAACUACCAAUCUGUACUGUCUGUCAGGUGUCAAAGGAUCACAGGAACCACGAGUGCUGCACCAUCGCGGAUGCAGCCAAAGACCGAAAGGCUGGCAUCUCUCCCAGGUACACCUCACUGUCUAAUCAUCUCAGCACCCUUGAACGAGUCCGAGACAACUGGAGGGAGACAGAGAUCUACAUUAAGACACAGGCGGAUGAGACAGAGCAGAUGAUUAAAGAGGAGUUUCAGAAGCUGCACAGUUUCCUGUGGGAGGAAGAGGCUGCUAGACUGACCCUGCUGAGAGAGGAGGAGGAGAGGAAGGCCGAGCGGGUGAGGACGAAGCUGGAGGACAUCUCUAAGCAGGUGGAUGACCUGUCCGCCAUCAUAAGAGACGCUGAUGAAACCAUAAACAGCAGCGACAUCCGGUUUCUAAACGACUACAAGAAGACAAUAAGCAGGCUGCGGUUCACCAUGCAGGAGCCAGAGGUGCUCACCGAAGCUCUGAUUGACUCUACACAGCAUGUGAGCUCACUGAAGUACGACGUGUGGAAGAAGAUGGCUGACAUGGUUUAUCACUAUCCUCUCUACCUGGAUCCCAACACAGCACAGGCCAACCUCGUCCUUUCCGAUGAGUUCACCAGUGUGCAUUAUGGGAAAAGGUGUCCGGUGCCUAGCAACCACGAGCGCUGCAGCAGCCGCAUGGCAGUGCUCAGUGUUGCGGGCUUCACGUCAGGGAAGCACUCCUGGGACGUGGACGUGGGUGAGGGCACCGAGUGGUACAUAGGGGUCGCCCGCGAGUCCGUCAACAGGAAGGACACGGUGUUUCUGAACCCGGCUGAGGGAUUCUGGGUAAUCGGAUUGUGCAACAGCUACACCUACUGGGCACAGACGUCCCCCCGCACUCGUCUGGUCGUGCGCUCGAAGCCAGAGCGGAUCACGGUGGAGCUGGACUACGACAAAGGCAAAGUGACCUUCCUCAACGCCACAGACUCUUCGAUUAUGUACACGUUCAGAGACAAAUUCACAGAGAGGGUUUUUGCGUUCUUUUCGCCGGGUAUGUAUGAAGAGGGCAAUAGCAGCCCGAGCCCACUUAAAAUCUGCCCCCUUAAGAAUUCGAUCCUGCUCUACUGACCGCCCCCUUUACAGCAACAUGAUGUACCUCUUUUAUCUUAAAGAGGACAUAGAAUGGAUGAAUUGAGUAUUACACGGUGUUCUCUGAUGUUAAAAUAGUAUAUUCAACUUUGAUUUAAAAAAAAUAAACUCAAUUGCAAUUUUACAAGACUAAUUAAAACCAUAUAUUUAGGCUGGGUAUUGAAAUGGUCUGUUUGACUAAAUGGUGCCCUCUUUGCCAACCCCAAUUGAACUUCAAUGGCUUUGCGAUGUCUGACAUCACAAGCAGACUCUUUUCUAAUUUGCCCAUUUUUUUGUGUCUAUUUCUAAGUUCAAGAUGUUCAUAUGAAGGAGGGCACAACCAUGCCUCAUGUUCAUGAUAGCUCUUUGUUUAUGCAUAACCUCUCAUAAUUCAUGAAAACCAAGAAAAACAUUAUUUCCAUUCUAUGUCACCUUUAAACAGUUUUUUUUGUCUCUGUUUCAAACUCAUUUUGUUGCCAGUGAUGCACAGUAAGAAAGUCUCUGAUGUUGCCGAUGCAUGCCUGGAACAUGUAAAGUUGUUCUCAUGGGUAGGAGCAUCGCCUCAUUUUAAUGGUUGUACACAAAUUUGGCACUCUCUUAGCACUAAAUGGCUGACGAAACAAAAAAAGGGGGGAAUUCCUAUAUCUUUAAGACUUCAAUCCUGCUCUGACAGUUGCAUAGCUCCAGCCUCCUUUAAACUGCUAUCUGUAUUUUUUGUCUUAUUUUAAUACACAUAUUUUAAUACCAUUUUGUAUCUCAUGGUGCCGUACUAAAUACAGCACACGCCAGUGGAAGUGGCAUCCAUCACAAGUGUAAUGAUGGUACGGUCAAGACAACUUGAAUCAAGCAGAAUCCUACACAUACAGUAUGCCCUUUAAAACCUGCCCCAUGAAGACUUCAGUAUAAUUCACUGGCACCGUGCUACAUUCUGAACUCUUUUAUAAAUCUGCCUCCUUGAAAGACUGUAAUCCUUCUCUACAGAAUAAUGUCUUCAGCACCUUGCAGCACACUUGGGGGGUAGACACAGCGUGGUGUGGUGCUGCUGUGGCAGAGGGACGAUCUUUAGCGUGACUUCGCUCAGUUUAGAGAUGCAAGUGAAGGUACUAUGCUGCAGCCAAAAGUGUAAUAAAAACACACCUCUGCCCUCUACAGACUUCUGUGUGGUGACAUACUGACUGUCUGACAGUUUUAGCACUUGAAAUGACGCUCCCUGGAGACUUAAAACCUGCUUUACUGACAAAGGACUGUGGAUGAACACGUUGUCUUGGACUUCGGUUGGCCCAAAUCCAAACUCUGUUACAUAACUCUUCCUUUGUUUGGACUUGGAAAGAUUUCACCUCAUACCAGAGUGACGUUUGCCUCUGAGGUUUUCAAAGCUGUGAAUCCACUUUUGACUACUACUGCUAUUACUACAUUACUAUAUUAUGCAAAGGUGUAAUAUGAUACUGGUGUGAAGAUAUUAAUCAAAUAUAAACCGCCAAGUGCCAACAUGUAAAUAACUUCCUACUGUGUUAUUUUCAUUACUCCACAAGAACGCAGAGAAUGCCACAAC